AUGGAAACUCACCCCAACUUCCAUGCUAGUCCAUUCGAUGGGUCCGUGGAAAACACUGAGUUUAAGUUCAGUAGCUUGUACCUGCACCACAUUUUCAGUGGAUCAAACCCAACCCAAGCAAACAUCAUAGUUGGAGAUGCUACCACUAAGUUGGGCAGGACAUCAGUUCACGACUGGGCCAUAUAUGAUGGGGUUGGCACCGACGCCAAGCUAGUGGGCCGUGCACAAGGGCUGCAUAUCAACGCUGGUAGUUGGCACAAUACGUUCACCAUUCGAUUCGAGAUUGAAAGGUUCAAGAAGAGCACACUUCAGGUAAUGGGAGAAUCUGUAGCCCAAGAAGGUGAGUGGGCUAUUGCCGGUGGGACAGGUGAACUCGCAAUGGCAUGUGGUGUUAUACACAAAACAUGGCAUCAGGAAACAGAUGGUGGUACCAUAAUCCAACUUAACAUCCAUGGAUUCUGCCGCAUGAAGCUACCCAUUCUCACAAAGAGUGGCCCCUGGGGUGGCAAGGAGGGUUCUGCUGUUGGCAUGGAAAAACCCUCCAAGAUUGCAAGUAUCGCCAUCCACUAUCAAGAAAGAAUUGAUUCAUUUGAAUAUAAUUACUUUGACCAAUAUGGCAACAGCCGUUACACAAAUAUUUGGGGCACUAAGAGUCCCAAUCGCGCAGAGAUUGUGUUGGGCCCUGAAGAAAUUGUGACCGCAAUGUCUGGAACUGUUAUCGAACAUAAUAAUAUCAAUGUUAUACAGACACUGAAGUUUACCACUAACGAAAGAACAUACGGACCUUAUGGAAAUACUGAAAAUAUACAAGGUGGUACAGUACACAAUUUCAGCGCUGUGAUGCCAAAUGGUCAAGCAAUUGUUGGCUUCUUUGGGCAUACUGAUAUGACAUGCUUGAAUGGAAUAGGUGUUUACGUAGCCUAG